AUGGCUUCACUUGUGCCUCUACCGCCCUUUGCGCCAGCCUCUGAAUCAUGGGACUCCUACCUCGCUUGUUUCGACUGCUACCUCCAAGCCAACGAGCGGACAGAAGUAUCAAAGGAACGGAAGUGGGGCCUAUUCCUCAGCCUCUAUGGGCCAGAUGUGUUUGAGACGGCCCGAGCAUCGGUUGUGCCUGAAGCAGUCCAGGCAACACCGUGGGACACGAUUCAAGAGAAGCUCUGCAACCACUACGCACCAAAGCUGUCCAAGAUUGUUGCCCGCCAUGCAUUCUACCACUGGAACCAGUCAGAGGGGGAGUCAGUUAACAACUACACUGCCGCCCUCCAACAAGCUGCAAUGCACUGCGAGUUCCGAGACUUAGACGAUGCCCUGAUGGAUCGAAUCGUCUGUGGGGUCCGGGACAUCCAUCUGCAACGGCGUCUCCUCGCCAAGCCAGACAUCACGCUGCAGAAAGGAGGCCGUGGCCUCAGAAGCUGCCGAACGCUCCGCCCAGGAGAUCCGCAAGGCCAGCAGCCUGCGCUUUGCUAG